AAGGUGAUUUGCAAGACCUGUAAAUGCCAAGAUAACUGUUCUAAACAUUUCACCUGACUGACUUGAGAGCGUAAAUUUUAAAAUUGCCAUCAUCAAUUUGCCAAUAAAAUUAGCUAAUGCACAAUAAUGGUUGGUAAACGGAAGAAAAUAAGCCAGCCAGACAGUAUUAUGGAAGGAUCAAGCUCAGAUAUAUGCACUUUUUAUUUGAACCACAAGAAACGAUUCUGCAGGAUGCUUGCAUCCAAAGGCAAGAAAUAUUGCGGACAACACAUGGUAGCAGAGUCAUCUCCUGAUGAAGAAGGACGAAUACGAGUACCUUGUCCAUUGGAUCCCAAGCACUCUGUAUACUCUCAUAUCAUGGACCAACACCUUAAAGUCUGCAAUGCCCGAGCUCCUGUUGACCUCCCUUACUACUGUAAAGAUGUUAAUGCCCAGCCUCCUGAUGUGGAUAAUGAAAAUUAUACAAAUGCAGCUGAAAAUCCUGAAGCAAUAAAACAACAUAUCUCCUUAGGUGGCAGAACUCUGGCUGAGCUUAGUGAUGCAGAGCUCAUGCAGCUCAUUGCACAUGUUAAGAAUCAUGCUCAAAGCCAUGCAGAUCCAGUGCAAGAUGCUGACCUAAGUCACUCAUCUGUAGUUCCUGAGACUGAGAUCUCUCCUCUGAGUGGACCAAGCUACCAGAAGCAUUUCCUACAGAAUAGGUCCUUGGUGGCUCGUCUUGGUGCCAUUGGUGGUCUGGGUGGUUCCAAACAGCUCGGUGCUGAGGCUCCUAAUGGCGUGGAGAGAAUGGUUGAUGGAAGCUUGCCCCAGCAUGACAAAAUGGGCUCACAGUUGUGCUUCUUGGAGUUUGGUGCUGGCAGAGGUGAAUUGUCACAUCAUGUGGUGAGGGCGUGUGACAGCUCACAGCAGGUCCAGGUGGUGCUCAUAGACCGCGGUGCUCAGCGCUACAAGUUUGAUACCAAAAUAAGAGAAGGGAGUAACGUGAGCACAAAGCGCCUGCGCCUUGACAUUGCUGACCUAGCCCUGGAGCGUGUGCCAGGGCUGAUGCUGGGAGGGAGAGUGUAUGCAGGGGGCAAGCAUCUCUGUGGAGCUGCUACUGAUUUGACUCUGCGCUGCCUCAAUCGGCUGCAACUUUUCCAAGCAAGAAGUCAAAAUGAUGCUCAAGACCAAAAAAACUUGGCUCACCAGAACAUUAAUUCAACUACAUUUAGCGGAAACUGCAAUGCUCAAGAAAUCCAUAACUUAAAGGUUGAUAUAAGUGGUUCAAAUUCAGUUUCUAAUCUUGUCAUUAAAUCUGACCAACAUUUUGCAGACAAUCUUGCGAGCAGUAGUCUAUUUGAACUCCAUGACAAUGCAUUAUCUAUUGACCAGACCUCUACUCGUGAAGUUACAAGUAAGGCAUCUGAUAUGGAAAUGAAAUGCCUGUGUAGGAAAAAUAAUUGGGAAGCUCCAGAGAACGAAAAUUUAUCAAGCCAUUGUUGUUGUAAAGACAGCCUUGCUAAUGCGUCUGUUGCAUCUUGUGGUCUGGUCAUCGCUCUCUGCUGUCAUCACAAAUGCUCUUGGCAGCACUACACUGGGAAACGUUUCUUCAAGAGAAUUGGGCUAAGUGGAGCAGAAUUUACUGCCGUGAUGGGCCUCACCAGCUGGGCCGUGUGUGCUGCUCGUCCUCCUGCAGCAGAUUCUUCAGUUCCUGCAGCUACAGCAGAUGCCAAUAGAGUGCAUGUCGAUAGUUCAGACGUUUAUUACAAAGCCUCUUUUGCAACAAUGGACGCCGACGAAGUAACUGUAGUUAGUUCAGACGUUAAUAGCAAAGUCUCUUAUAUGCUACUGGAUGAUAUAAAAGUGCACCAUGAUUGUCAAAACAUUAAAAACAAAGCCUCUUCCACACCAACAUACGAAGAGCACGACGCCGUGACUGAAGGGUCUGGCGCUCGCAACCGCUACGAGAGGCUGGGUCUUAGCAUUGGGGAGCGUGAAGCAAUUGGCCGCGCUGCUAAGCUCCUAAUAGACCACGGCAGGGUCGAGUUCUUGCGAGAAUGUGGUCUGCAGGCCAAGCUAGUGCGCUACGUAGACCAGCAAGUUACGCUCGAAAAUGUAGCACUUGUAGCGUACCUCCCAUUAUAAAUAGGGUUGUAUUUUUUUAAUUCAAUUUUUUUUCACGAAAUAAUAUAAUAAUAGCUUAUGGUUUUUUAUUAACCAAUAGGAUCUGGGAGUAUUGGAGUAUUUUUUUUUUUCAGAAAAUAAUAUAAUAAUAGCUUAUUGGUUUUUAAAAAUAAAUACCGUAGGAUCUGGGAGUAUGAGAAAUAAUCCACAUCCAGUGGCAUUGGAAAGAGAAGUAAGAGGGGAUGAAAUGCUACAUAUUGAUUGCCAGAGUACCUCAUGUUUUGACUGUUAGCUCUGUUUCUUCCUGUUAUGAGAUUUGUUAUCAAAAUGUAGCCUAAAUUAGGCUGGUUCAUUUUCCACUAUAAAUAUUUUUAAAAAUUUUAACCUAUUUGAACAUUAUAUGCGCAAUGAUGAUCUCUGUAAUUAUUCUGCAAUCUCCAUCGAUUUCUAUGAGCUUAAAUUAUUAGUCACGAUCACUGGUUGCAUGAUUAUCUGUAAUACUGUAAUAUUUUCACAUGACUCGAUGUUUUCAAUGCAAGUGCAAGGUCUAUGUAAUUUUUAUGAAC